CAUGGAUUGUGAUCUUGAUGCAAUUAAAAAGGCGAUAGGCCAUGAAUCCGAUAAUAGUGACAUUGAAGCUGAUGAAGAAUUAAUGGCCGAAUUAUUAGCUUUAAAUGGUGAUAAUUUACAGGAUUUUGAAUUGGUUAAAAGACCUAAACAACCUCCAAAAACUGCCCCAAAACCGAAACAACAAAAACACGAAUUUGUUAUUCCUAGUAAUAUUUUAAAUCUUGAAAAUGAUGAUGUUGAUAUGGAAGUUUCUGAAGCAGACAUGAAUGAUACGGAUUUACUUUCAGAAUUGGGUGGUCUGGUUGGCAGCCAGUCUAAUCAUGACGUUGAUUUCAACGAAGAAAGUACUCCACAAUCCAAUAUUACUCAAAACCACGCUUCAUGCCAGUCACUUAUAGAUAUUAAAUCAGAGGAGGAAGAAGUUCCAUCGAAAGAAACAAUUAAAUCUCCUUUAAAAAUGGAUAUUUCAUCAAAUAAAGAAAAGUCUAGCAAUCCAAACCUUGAAGAAUCUGUCCAGCCAACUCAAAAUGACAACCAGCCUUCGUCUUCUUUAGAUUCUAUUGCUCGUACUCUUCUCACAAGACGGCGUAAACUUUACUUGGAAAGAUCAAAGGCUGCCAAAGAAGCAAAUGAUAAAGCUGUGGCUGUUGAAGCUUUUAAAACUGGUGUGACUUUGUCUGAGGAAGAUAUUCAACAAAUACCUCCAAGUCCUCCACCUUACAAAUCAGCUUUAAUCAAACCAGAGGUUAAACCAAUUAAAGCGGAAUCUUCUGCUGUUAAACAUUCUGAUAAUAAAGCAAAAACUGUUGCGGAACCUUACAUGAGUGAUGAACUCAAAUUAGUCACAUCAAGACAAAUGCAACUUAAAAAAGCUGCAUUAACUGCUAAAAACCAAGGCGAUAUGGACACAGCUAAAGAAUUAUUAUCGUUGGCAAUGAGAAUGAAACCAAUGGUUGAAGCUGCUGAAUGUGGUCUUCCAAUUGAUGUUCAACAAAUACCUAGUUUGCCUUCUACUUCUAAAGCGUUAUCUACUAAAAUUUCAAAAAGAGUUAGUGUGGAUCCAGAGACUUUAAAAAAAUGCCAGACUUUAGAACGUGAAUUGCUCAAACAAAUUGCUCUAUGUACUGAAAAGUCUAGUCAAUUUCAAUCAGUAGGGGACUCUAAAAAUACUCUUUUUUACGAAGCAUUGCUACAAACGUGCAAAAAUAAUCUUCAAAGCGUUCAAAUGGCUAUGUUGGGAAAUGCUGAAUUCCCCAGUUUUAAAAUUGUUGAAUUAACUCUUCCGAAUAUUCAAAUUAAUCCUUCAAUAUCAGAUGAACAUUUACAAUUAAAAAUUGAAAAAAUAACAAAUUUACAAUUGCCGAAGGGAUGGACAGCUUCAGAUUUAUAUUUAUUUGUUUCUUAUAAAUUUGCUUUUUCUAUCGAUUCACAAGUUCAGCAAACUGGCAAAACUUCUGUUGUUAAAGGAACAGCUUCACCAGAAUUUCCUGAUGUUUUCCAUUUGAAUAUAAACAGAAAAAAUAAAUUUUUGAGAUUUUGCAAAAGAGGCUCAAUUAAAUUGGAGAUCUUUCAAAAAGGAGGCUUCUUUAGAAGUGAUAAAUUAUUUGGACAUGCUGAGGUUCCUUUACAAGAAUUGGAGCAAAAUAUUUUUGUUCGAGGACAAUAUAAAAUUUUGGAAGGAAAGAAAAAAACUAAUGGAUUAAUUUUUGUUGAUAUUCAAAUUAGUAAGCCGAUUGGAAUAAGCAAUUCUGGAGGUGCUGUAAAACGUAAAUGGAUUCAACUGAAUGAUUGA